AUGACCACUGCUUCAGACCAAGUGAUCACAUUGCAGCAAGUUAACAACAGUUCAGCCAUUGAUUCUCCUCAGAAGUCAGUGAUUUGGAAAGAUUUUGGAAAUUACUUAGAUAAGAAGAUUGAUAUUGCAAGUGCGACUACCACUGCUAGUGCUAACAACGGCUCUUGGAAACCUCCGUUACUAGCAUUAAAUUUCAACUCGGAGCAAUCGAUACUUUCGCAACAGCCUAUACCUUACAAAAUCUGCAAGUCGUGCCGUCGACCAAUCGGCUACCCGAGCUUAGACCAACAUUACUCAAAGUGCACUGAAAUGAAGGCUAAAAAGGAACAAGAACGAGCCGAGAUUGCUGCUAAGCAACAACUGCAGCUGAAUGGGAAUUCCAGUGGCGGGAAUAAGAAGAAAAGAAGCCGCAUGGCCGCCGAUUUGGAAGGCGGUUCCUCGGUGGAUAGCUCGAGGAAUAACACCCCGGGGCCAAAUGCUACAAAGGAUAUGUUUGAAGGUGGCGAUGGGAGUAGCAAUGGCGGUGCCAAUGGACUGGCAGCGUCGAAGCCGAAGAAAAAGUAUAAGAAAUCGCAGGCUCAAAAGGAGAAAGAAGCUGCCAAUGCAGCAGCAGCAGCAGCAGCAGCGGCGGCGGCGGCGGCUGCAUCUACGACCCCUGUGGAGAAGCCGGUGAAGAAAACCAAAAAGGGUUCGACUAGUGUUCAAACUCAAUCUCUGCCGGUCUCGGCUUCAUCUUCUACUUCUAAUCAACACACCCCGCAAAAGACACCCGCGAAUCAGCUGCAACAACAACUGCAACUGCAACUGCCACUGCAACCACAACAACAGCAACUGCUGCAACAGCAACAGCAACUGCAGCAGCAACAACAACAACAACAACAACAACUGCAACAACUGCAACAACUGCAAGCGAAACAGGCAGCCAAACCAAAGGGACCCGUUGACGUUGAAAAACAGUGUGGUGUAGCCUUACCAUCCGGUGGGCUCUGUGCCCGCUCAUUAACAUGCAAGACGCACUCAAUGGGCGCCAAGCGUGCCGUAUUGGGGAGAUCAGCGCCCUACGACGUUCUCCUUCAGCAAUACCAAAAGCGUAACCAAGCCAAGAUUGCCCAGAACAACGCCCUAGCAGCGCAACGGCGUGAAGCAGCUGCGUUCAACGACGAGAACGACUUGCUGCACGCUAGCAGCGCUAGCAAAGUGCUCGAUCCAGAUGAAGAGACGCAUUUGGUGCUUGAAGGAUUGAGCAAGAAUAACCCGAUCCCGUUGGAGCGCAAGAUUAUCAUGCCGGUGAGGUAUAGGCAUCGGUUCUUGCAAGCGCGCGAGUUCUACGCUAAUGCCUUGAUCAUCUCGGCCCAGCAUACGCAAGCCCAACAACAAGCUCAACAGCAACAAACUCAACUGGGUGUUGGUGGAGGUGGAGAGCAGCAGACGUUAGCGAACCAGGCCAUCUCGGGGUCGAUUGGCGGCAUGCAAGGACGAUGCGCCUUGAUCAACGUCGACGUGCCCUUGAACUCAAGCGAAGAUUCGCAGACACAAGCAUUCAGCGCCAUCGCCGGUGAGAUGUACCAGGUGCGAGCACCGAGCAAGGCCAUUGGUAAUACGGCCCAGCAUAACGUGAUGCAGCAGCAGGCGUGGCAGCAGCAGUAUAUCAAGUAUCAGCAGGCUCAGCAGCUGGCUCAGCUGAUGAUGCGGCAGAGACAACAACAACAACAGCAGCAACAACAACAACAACAACAGCUGAAGCAGGCGCAGGGCCAGGCGCAGGCGCAGCUGGUUCAGCCGUGA